UUCUGCAGUUGGCGCCCGUGGCGCCAUUAUGUCGUGAUCAAUGAUCAUACACACUGUACCCAGGCAAUGCACAAGUGAAAAUGACCAGCACAACCAUAUUUUCCACCCUUCCGAACCCUUUACGCGUCAAUACCACUGACCAUGGUUGUUCGAGCCAGCCAACAUCAUGUCCACAACCCCUCCAAGUUCGUGGUCGACAUAUGGCUUGUGAUUAUGAGUUAUCUUUCCGUCCUGGACAUCAUUAAACUUGGAAGCACAUGUCGAACAUUGCACGAAUUUGCUACAUUACGGCAUGUUUGGCGCCACGCCCUCUUUCAGCAUCGCUUUCUUGAUCAGUGCUACCCCCAUCUGCGUUCAUGCACUGCGGAAGACAUUCGUCGCCAGCUGAAAACCGCUGCCCAACUGGACCACAUAUGGACACAGCCUAGCCAUUGUCUCAAAUUUCUUCCGGGUGGUACAUGGCUAGUGUUGCUCUUUCACUGUCGAAAUCUCAACCCUUCUCGACACUCCAACCUGUGCUUGAUCAGAGCAAGCACGGGAUCUGGUGUGAAUGACCUUCCCACUGCCUCUACGACCUUUCAAAGCGAGAUGUGCUGGCUCCCCUUUCUCGACCAAGACGGUCCGUACAAGUCGUCCCGUGGCGAUGAUCUCAUGCUACUACGAACCAAGUGCAAUGACGGAUCUAACGCCUUCGGAAUUGUACAUCUGGACACAAAGUCGCCCUCAAUAAGGAUACCCCUCAUUCUUCGCACAAAAGUAUUUGUGCGCAACUAUGCAGCAGCAGGAGACUAUAUCGUUUACGGCUGGAUUACUUCUGACAGGAGGCAUCUCCUUCGUAUCAUGCAGCUGAAUGAGAAUUACGACGGUUUUCGAAAGGAUAUGACUGUUGAAAUUGACUGUCCCAGAGGACACAACGGCAAAUUGCGCAUACGGUACGACCUGCGUCUAUCCGGUCGGGUUCCGCGUAUUUUGCUCGUCAGCACGCGAUUGAUGGCUGCGUAUAAUAUCACCUCCACCGUACCCAGUGGCUCCGAUGCAAAUCCCCCAUUACUUACACCAUUCUGGCAGCUUCGCCCCGUUGCUGUGACAUUCGGACGCAUCAUAAAAAUGUUUCAUGAGGGAGCUGUAGUGUCUUUGUACGAUGGUCAGAUCCGGUUCAUACGACCUGACCUCGAUGACUCGGAACCUAAUGCCCACGUCAUCGAGAAGUACACUCUUCGGCUCUUGAGAUUUAAGCCUCCGCGUCCACAAAGCUCGCAGUGGCCGUGUUUGUUCGCAGCGCAGCGCAUAUUCUGGCUUUCGUCCAUUCCCUGGCAAAUGGCUAUCGAGACGACCGCAGUCCCAGAAAAAGACCGCUGUGAAGGUCGUGUACUUAUGGACUUCCAGGAAACUAAGACCUCAGACCCACGCCCAUUUGCGAGCACUCGAAUAGUGCAGGAUUGGGACGAGCUGUCGGGGAGACUUUGUAUUAGAAGCGCGCAAAGUCGCUCUUCGCAGGAUCCGAGGUUGCGAAGGACUGUUUGGCAAGUUACAUUGGUGGAUUUUGUUUGAGGGAGAUAUACGAAUGGAAUGUAGUGUUGUGAGACCAAGGUCUGAGGAAAUAUUGCAUACCGAGUUGGUGUUUUGGCAACAGUAAAAUUUUAGUAUCCUUACUGAGUACUGGUCCUCGGUGAUGUCUUUUAGCUUUUAUUAGAGCGUAUUUGCAACGGCAAGUUUACAUGCAAGUGUGCCAUUGCCAAAGCCGUGUUCAACCUUGAUCUGUACUGCAGACAUCCUCGAGUUAAAGUCAUGCUCUUCUGGAGUGCAAACACCAG